GAAAGUUUAUUUGCUAUAGCAUGUGAAAAUUGUGUCAUUUUUGUGCCCAAACAUAAAGGGGCUUCUGUGGUCUUCCUUCACCUUAAAAGCUACAUGCCUCCAGAUGAGUCAAAAUAUUUCAAUAAAAUAUAACAUAAGAAAAACUUACUAGAAUUUUAGGAAAGUAAAAAUAUUCAAAAUUCAAGUAAUAUUUUACAUGUUCUGUGCAAUUAAUGAAUUUUUUUCAGUAUUUAUUUAACUAUAUUUCUACUGCGUUACUAACUCAGUAAGGGCUAUUUAUGCAUAUUUUGACCACUUUUUGGUAACUUACGGGGUUGAAAGUGUCAUUAAAAAUGUGUAAAUUGCUUCUUUUUGGUUACUUCACAAUAUUAAACAUUCAGAUACAUUUUCAAAAUUUUCAUGAAAAUUAGCACAAAUCUGGAGGCGUGCUGCUUUAAACCUUAGCCUGGUGACAGCAACCCAUACCACCCAAGCAGACCAAGAUCAGCCGGUACAUCCAUGCUGUCUGAACACGGUCUGCUCUGUUAGCUAUUCAGUUAUUACAUAUUUUGAAAUUUUUCUGUAAAUGUGAAGGAUGGUUUUGUACAUUUAUGAUAAUUAGCAUGAUUAGGUUUUAACUGUUACACAAACAGUGCCUCCCUUUAAGUCUUAGGUCAGAUGCACGAUUGAGAUUGCCAAGAAAAAAUUUAAUGUCCGACUGCUCAAUAAAUUGCUUGAUUUCUAAGAAAAUUAUGAUUAUUUUUGUACAUUCAAAGUAUUAUGGAAAUGAUAUGUAUUAAACAGGAAAUAAUGUAAUAUUAUCAUCCUGAUUAAAUCAUAGUCAUGUCCUACUGUAGGAUUGAGUGAGAAAAUCGUGACAUUGUCACCAAGUGAAAUUGUUAUACCAGGAAUACAUUAGUAAGCAUGAUAUCUGAUGUACGAUAUACAACAAUGUAUAUUGAAUAAAUGAAUAAUGAACUAUGAACUCCUUCAGACAAUAAUGAACUGAUAGACUCCUGAGAAAUCAAUCAUAGACUAGAAAAAUGUUUUAUAAGUGCUAUAAUGAACUAAAACAAUGAACCCGCCACAUCCACAUAGAUUCUGUGCUCAUUGUCAUACAUGUAAGGACCAGAGGAAAAGUCACAUGUUUGGUAAAAUUGGGUUUGUUAUCCCAGAUAAUGUACAGACCUGGAUUUGUUCUCAAAUGUUACCAUGUGAUGUCAUGGAAACAAUGGCAAAGGGACUGAACGGUUUUGAGGAGUUGAAGAAGUACAUACGUCAAGGGAGUGAUUUCUGUAAGGACAUUGCCUUCAUUAUCCAGGAAAGAGCUGAUUUGGAAAGUACAUAUUCUAAAGGUUUAAGUAAAGUAGCAGGGAAACUUAGCAGAGCUUCACAGAACAGCACUGGGAGUUUAACAGAUGGGUGGAAAGCAGUAUCAUCUUGUAUAGAAGUGGAGGCAGAAUUACACAAAAAUUUAGCAACAGCUUUAUUAGAAGAUAUAGCCAAACCAUUGAAACAUUUAGUGGAUGGACAACAUAAGGCUAGGAAACCAAUUGAACUGUCUGUUGAUAAGGCAUUGAAAUCCCUGACAGAUAAAAGAACAGAGGAAAAUAAGGCAAAAAAAUCUGCAUAUGAUUGUGCAAAAUCACAUGAGAAAGCAGAGGAAGCCAAACAAGGAAAAGCCAAAACAGAAAAAGACAUAAAUAAGACAGAGAAGAAACAGAAGCAGGUGUUAGAUGCAUUACGUAAGGCAGACAAACAUUACUGUGAGACAUGUGAGAAAGCCGAGGUGGCCAGACAGGAAUGGGACUUUGCUGUAAACAAGGCCAAUGCCCAGUUACAGGCGUUAGAAGAGGAGAGAAUAGCUAAAAUGAAUGAUUUCCUUAAUCAGUAUAAUAGUCAUUUAUCUAUGUUAGCACCAAAAUUAACUCAGAGUUGUGAAAAAUUACAUCAGUCAGUUUUAUCUGUAGAUAUUGCCGGUGAUAUUAGAAAUGCAGCUAAACAACGCUCCACUCAUUAUACUCCUGAACAAAUACUCAUUGAUUGCUAUGCUGAAGAUAAACAGUUUUCAAUGAAACAAGAACGGCGGAAACUUGCAUUGCAACAUUAUUUAUUACAAAUAAGACAGUCUAUAGAAAGGGAACAAAAGGGGCGAGAAGGUGUUGAGAAGCUGGUAGAUGUAUACAGGGAAAGACCGAACUUUGCUGACGCGGAUGCACAAGAAGAGGCCAGACAAAGAUUAAAUCAAGUGAUAUUUAUGACUAAUUUUCUGGAGGCCAAUCACUACAAGAUCGCAUCAUAUUUAGCAGAAAUGGACAGAUCACAUAAACCAGCUCAUAAAUUUUCUAAAUACAUAGAACAGACAAGAGAUAAACAGGGAAUGGUUGUGAGUGUUUUAAGGUUACCAAUGAAUUUGGCAUGUGAAGGUCACACAGGAUAUGAUGUGACUAAUGUAACUAUAGGAGCUUUAGCUAGUGAUGAACCAUUUGAUGAUGAUGAUUUUGAUGAUGACCCAUCACUGGAACCACAGAAUCACCGGAUCAUUGGUCGGUGUAAAGUGGUAUAUGAUUAUCAGCCGGACCAAGCUAAUGAUCUUGUACUUCAGUCAGGGGAUGUAAUAAACAUCUAUGAUGAUAAGCAGCCUGAUGGUUGGUGGCAGGGAGAAUUGAAUGGUAAAGUUGGAAUGUUCCCAGCCACGUAUGUUCAGAAAAUAUGAUGGUCAGUUUGUCAUACAGUGAUUUCCAAAUGUAAUAUUUGCAAACUUCUGAAGUGAUAAAACAGAAGUUUUUGACUAGUUUCAGACACUUAAGAAUACAAAAUUUGGACCAAGAAUAGACUGGUUGUUGUACAAUGAUGGAAGUUGACAAAGAUAAAAGAGCUUACAGGGAGAUUUGUGAAGUUCUGUCAAUGGCAUUAGAAAAAAUGGUCUUACAUAAAAUAUUAUCAUGUAACUUAUAUUAAGUUUUGCUGUUUCUGUGUAACAGAGAAGUAAAAGAAAAACCUCAUCAAAGAAUCUUUAAAGAGAUAUUGCAUUUUAGUUGGGUAUUAUUGUUAAUUAAAGUCAGAGGACUUAUUGACAGCCCAAGUUAAAUAUGUAAUUUUAUCUUAAAUGUCACUGGUUAAAAGCAUUUUGCUAUAGAAUGUGCAAUAAGUUUUUGUUGAUGCAUGUUUUCGUCUAUGUUCGUACCUAACAGAUCUGAUUAGAAAUAUAGUGAUACUAGAUGUAACUUACAUGUAAAAAAAAUCUGGAAACAAAGUGAUCCUUUGGAAUCAUUAAUCACCACAAAAUUACAUGAAAUUGUAGACUUGGUUUAAUUGAGUCUGUAACACACCUGACACAAAUUGGCUGAAAACUGAAAGUAAAUUAAUUUCGUUUUAGUAUUUCUUACAUGUAUUUAACAUUAUUACCAAUUUUCUAUAUACUAUUGAUGCUUAAUAUAUUAAAUAUAUAUGAAAUAUUUAGCAAAGAAAACAAGACUGAAUUGUUCUGAACAUAAAAUAGAAUAUGAUUUACUAAAUUUAUUAGUAUUUGUCUUAUAUUGGUGCAUAGAUAGUUUGAUUAAAUUAAUAAGUUGGCCAUUAUUGAUUAUGGUGCAAUAUUUAAACAUCUGAAGAAAGACACUACAUGUUCUGAUUUUUUGCUGUUGUUGUUUUGUUGUUUUUUUGUUCUUUAAGAUAAUUAUAACUUUAUCUGUAAUUUACGAUCUUACAUUCAUCUUAUAAUAUCCUUCCUUCAAAUGGUGUGGUGUGCUAUUUUGUUCCUGAUUAUUUCCCAUAACAAACUAUGUUUAACUUGAUAAUUUCCCAUAACAAACUAUGUUUGUACUUUUUAUUUCCCAUUACUAGGUACAUGUAUGUGAUAUAUACAAAAUUAUCUUAUUUUUCUUUUGCAGAAAUUGAAUAAGAAAUAUCAUAAUAAUAAUAUUAUUUUUCUUCCGCCUUACUUUAAAUGAAAAUCUCUAAGAUAUAUAUAUCAUUGUGGAAAUGGCAUGGAUAAAUAUGGAGUUGAAUAUAGUUUUUAUAUUUUUAUUUAUAACAUACAUGUAUAAACGUAGCAUUGGUAUUCAGUUUAAAAACCUGCAUAUAUUGUUAGAUAAACAUUACUUUUGUAUAUCAGUGUUUGACCUACUUUAAAACUAUUGUAAGACAUCAAAUAGCAAAUGAAAUGAAAAUGUGGUCAAAAAAUUAUAUAGCAAUAAUAUCUAAUUAAACUUUGGUAAAAUAUAAUGGCAUUCAAAUGUUAUUACAGUUAAAAUUUAAAAUCAUAUUAAAUCAUAUUUUAUUAUAUAAAUAUACAAUGUCGUAUAUAAAUUUGAUAUCAAUACACAAGCAUUCAUGAAUACAUUAAUGUAAAUAUACAAAAAGGGUUGCCGAGUGGUUAAGGUCGUUGACUUCAAACCACUUGCCCCUCACCGCUGUGGGUUCGAAUCCCAACAGGGACUUUGGAUUCUUUCCUGUGAGGAAGCUAUCCAGCUAGCUUACGGAACGUCGGUGGUUCUACUCAGGUGCCCGUUCGUGCCUGGAAUAAUGCACGGAAGGGCACCUGAGGUCUUCCUUCACCAGUAAAGCUGGAACGUCCCGAUAUGACCUAUACUGUGUUGAUGUGACGUAAAACCCAAUCAAACAAACAAAA